CUCAGGUAAACCAACUUUUAUCGCUAUUUGUCCUUCUCGCUGCGUGUUUUUGCGUAUUAAAGCUGCGUUAUAAUGCGCUAAAGCGAAUAUUCUCCGAUCAUGCAGUUUACAACUGCUUACCGAGUAAAAAAUGUGUUGAGUUUUAAAGCUCCGUAACAAGAGUAAGAGAACCCAGGCUCGGAUAGAAGGACUUCCCUCACAGGAUGGGGGCCGUGGUGUCUCGAUGGAGGGCCAAGCCGUCCACUGUGGAGGUUUUGGAGGGGCUCGAUAAGGACGUCAAGGCUCUUGAGGAAUAUCGAGAGAAGAAUCAGAGGCAGCUGAAGUUAUGGCUUUACAGACUGUUGUUGUAUUCCGUUCUCAUUUACUUCGUGGCUUCUGUAGUCAUCUACGUGUGGUACAUCCCAGAGCUUCUGAUAGGAAAAUUAAUAGUGGCUUCACCGUUCUUGAUAUUUCCUCUGUUAAUCUGGCUUCUUAGAAAACUGCUGAUUGUUUUAGACAACAAACGAACCGAGAGAAACAAUGAAAGAUUAGAAGAGCUGAAAGCAGAGAAAAAGAAAAUACUUGAGCAGGUGAUGGAAACUGAAACAUACAAAAAUGCCAAAUUAAUUCUGGAGCGUUUUGACCCAGAAUCGAAGCAAAGACUAACUGAGUUAGAGACUCAACCCAUUGGUCCUCUUGCGACUCCAAGACAGGGUCAAGAGCUGCGUCAGAGGCAUGUGACCCCUCGUCCCAUUGGACGUCCACCUGCCGGCCCUGCGACUGCCCCCGCUGCCCCGCUUUCCGCACCUGGUGGUCCACCUGAAAAAGGUCUCUCUGCGUCAACUCCACAGGGUCUGAUCAGGAGGCCUGGAACCCCAGCUGGCCCAGCAACCCCGGUGGUGAUGGGAAUGCACCCUCCAGGACCUCCGCUGGCCAGACCCGUCCUCCCCAGAGAGAGAGGUGCCAUGGACAGGGUCAUUGAGUACCUAGUGGGGGAUGGACCUCAGAACAGAUAUGCUCUUAUAUGCCAGCAGUGUCUAUCUCAUAAUGGCAUGGCUUUAAAGGAGGAGUUUGAGUAUAUAGCAUUCAGAUGUGCCUACUGUUAUUUCCUGAACCCUGCCCGGAGGAUGCGUCCCCAGGCCCCCCGUCUCCCAGAAUCCACCGCAGAAACCAAGAUGAGCCAAGACCCCCCCGCUGUUGCCAUGGAAACGGACCUGUUGGGCUCUUCACCUGCCCCAGAGGGUAAAGCAGCCAGUCCAGGGCACUUAAAGGCAGAAGGCGCAGAUGAGGGGGCAGAAGUCAUCCCGUCGGAAGAGAAGCCGUGUCUUCCAGAAGCUCACACCAGCCUGCCUGACAAAUCCGACGGCGAGUUGGAUGUGUCCGCCAUGGAAGUAGAGUGAGAGCCAACUUGCCAAUAUAAAGCUGUCUAUCCUGAGUGUCUUCCUUUACCUCUAGUUUCUUGCUUGUUGUUUUAAUUUGACCAGAUUAGAAUUGCAGUGUUAUUUCAUGGGUAAGUGCAGUCAAUCUCCGUAAAAAGGAAGCAUUAGGUGGUCAAAGGAGUUUUGUGAGAAUUGUGUUCUGUUACAUUGCUUAUUAUACUGAUAAAUAAUACAUCUGUAAUGAGUUAUAUUGCUGGGGUUCAUUAUAGAAUAUAUUGUCUGUGUUUACAUGUCAUAUAGCAGGAACACUACACGUAUAUGUUUUUCUUGGUUGUCAGGAAAAGCAGCUAUUGACGUGCGUUUCACUCCCAGUUUAAGCUCUGAAUGUAUUUAAAAUGCUUAUUUACAAAACAUAAUAAUGCCAAAGUGACCGAUUAAAGGUUUGUUUAUAUUUAUAGAUAUUAAUAUCCUCCUAGUGCCUGGUAUUAAGCACAUGUGGUGUGCUCCGAGAGAUGCUUCCAUGUUUACAUGUCAGUACUGUCAUAGGAAUGUCUGUUUAUUUAUUACUGCAUAUGGUUCUUCAUUAUUUUCAGCUCUAUGUGCCUUUUAUUUUUGACCUUUUUCAAAAUAAAAAAAACAUGAUUUGUCUAGUAA